GGCCGGCAGCGCCGCGGGGCCCGGCCGAGGAUGCAGCGAGGCCCCGCCGAGCGCGGCCCGGCCCCGCGGCCCCGCGCAGGCGCAGCGCUCGGGCGGGAUGGCAGCGGCGGCGGCCGUGCCGGGGCCGGGACCCGCGGAGGCGGCGGCGCCCGGGGAGGAGGCGGCGGCCGCGGGGCAGCUGGGCCCGGGUCCGGCCCGCCUGGCCCGGCUGCCGCUGGCGCGGGUGAAGGCGCUGGUGAAGGCGGACCCGGACGUGACCCUGGCCAGCCAGGAGGCCGUGUUCGUGCUGGCGCGGGCCACGGAGCUGUUUGUUGAAACCAUAGCCAAAGAUGCUUAUGUGUAUGCCCAGCAAGGGAAAAGGAAAACCCUGCAAAGAAAAGACCUGGAUAAUGCCAUUGAAGCUAUUGAUGAAUUUGCUUUUUUGGAAGGUACUUUGGACUGAGGUGGACAGAAACAGAGCUCUCUGGAGAGACUGCAGAGGUGGUGUGAGAUGGAAAACAGGAUGCUGAGAGUUCAAAAAUAAUUCCUAGAAUUGAGACAUGGCAACCAUGAUAUUUUUUAUAAAGUUGAAGUUAUUGUAAGUUCUUUAUUUAAAAUGGAUAUUUUUUCAUAACUGUUUUGUAUGUCCCUUCCCAUGUGGCUGCCGUGCAGCUCUCUGCUCUGGCCAGGUUACACAGCAGUUACUCCCAGUAGCAGUCCCAGCCUCUCUGGAUACUCAGCAGCACCACGGAGCUGUGAACAGAGAGUGGCUUGGCUCAGGUGCCCAGGCACAAGGAAUUUUUUUUAUUUAAAUGUGGAUUUUGUUAAUAUGUUUGUCUCUUAACACAAUUAAAUUGUUGAUGUUGUUGCUGUUGA